CUCCUCCCCUGCUCGUCUGUCCUUCGCCUCCUCCCAGCUCCGGAGAGGGCGGCCUCCGCUAUGGCUGCACUGCGAAGGCUCCUAUGGCCGCCGCCCCGGCUGCCGCCUCCGCUCUGCUCUCACCAGCCCCUUCUUGGGCCGUGGGGGCGGCCUGCAGGGAACACCCCAGGCCUUCCUGGCCGGCCCUUUUCCUGCCGGGAGGAUGAGGAGAGGGCAGUGGCGGAGGCGGCUUGGAGGCGACGGCGGCGCUGGGGAGAGCUGAGCGCGGCGGCUGCGGCCGGCGGGGGGCUGGUCGGUCUCGUGUGUUACCAGCUGUAUGGGGACCCCAGGGCCUGCUCGCCGGCGACCGGGCGGCCCUCGGAGAGCGCGGCCGCGGAGCCCGAGGACGCGCCCCGUGGCCGGGGGCUGCUCCCCAUCCCGGUGGCGGCUGCCAAGGAAACGGUUGCUAUUGGCAGAACAGACACUGAAGACUUAGACCUUUAUGCCACAUCUCGGGAGAGGCGAUUUCGUUUAUUUGCUUCUGUAGAAUGUGAAGGGCAGUUAUUCAUGACUCCAUAUGAUUUUAUUUUGGCUGUUACAACAGAUGAGCCCAAGUUUGCCAAAACUUGGAAGUCACUUUCCAAACAGGAAUUAAAUCAAAUGCUUGCAGAAACACCACCAGUUUGGAAAGGCUCAUCAAAGCUAUUUCGAAAUCUUAAGGAAAAAGGUGUGAUUUCUUACACAGAAUAUCUUUUUCUUUUAUGUAUUUUAACAAAGCCACAUGCAGGGUUCAGAAUAGCUUUCAACAUGUUUGACACUGAUGGCAAUGAGAUGGUGGAUAAAAAAGAGUUUUUGGUGCUACAAGAGAUAUUCAGGAAAAAAAAUGAAAAGAGAGAAACUAAAGGAGAUGAAGAAAAGCGUGCAAUGCUGCGUCUUCAACUUUAUGGAUACCAUUCUCCUACUAAUAGUGUAAUUAAAACAGAUGCUGAAGAACUUGUCUCCAGAAGCUAUUGGGAUACACUGAGACGUAACACAAGCCAAGCACUCUUUUCAGACCUCGCAGAGCGUGCUGAUGACAUCACAAGUUUAGUAACAGAUACUACACUUCUUGUACACUUUUUUGGAAAGAAAGGAAAAGCUGAGCUCAACUUUGAAGAUUUUUAUAGAUUCAUGGAUAAUCUCCAAACAGAAGUUCUAGAAAUAGAAUUCCUUUCCUACUCUAAUGGAAUGAAUACCAUCAGUGAAGAAGAUUUUGCUCAUAUUCUUUUACGAUAUACAAAUGUGGAAAAUACGUCAGUAUUUUUAGAAAAUGUGCGUUACAGUAUACCUGAAGAAAAGGGCAUCACAUUUGAUGAAUUCAGGUCAUUUUUCCAGUUUUUAAACAACCUAGAAGAUUUUGCAAUAGCUCUGAAUAUGUAUAACUUUGCAAGUCGUUCCAUAGGGCAAGAUGAAUUUAAGCGUGCCGUCUAUGUAGCUACUGGACUCAGACUUUCACCGCAUUUGGUGAAUACUGUCUUCAAGAUUUUUGAUGUUGACAAAGAUGAUCAAUUAAGUUAUAAAGAAUUUAUUGGAAUUAUGAAAGACAGACUCCAUAGAGGAUUCCGGGGUUAUAAAACAGUCCAGAAGUAUCCCACUUUCAAAUCCUGCCUGAAGAAGGAACUUCAUAGCAGAUAAAUACUCCUAAAACAAAGUUUAAAGGAUUACUAUCUGACAAAUAACAAGAAGCAAAAUUUUCAGAGUGGAAAGCAAGUCUGAGAUCAGAACAAGUAGAGAAUGAAGGAAAAGGUGAAUGCUAUGAAAUUGAUAUUUUUUCCUGGAACUGAAUUCUGAAACAUAAAACAGAUAAAAUGCAUCUUGAUACUACAAAUGUUAUAUAUAUAAAAUCAAGUUGAGUUUUUGCCUUGAUUUGCUGAACUCUGCACUUUUUCAUUCCCUUCAGAAGUAUGUAGAUACUUCCAGUGACUACAUAUGAAUGUACUUUCAAUAUUAUUUAUUUAUUUAUUUAUUAGAAAUUUGCCCCAUUUGAAAAUAAUUUUUGAUUCAUGGAAUGUUGAUCGCCUAAAAACAAACAUCGUAUUUUCUUUGGUUUUGGACUGUGAACUUAUUUUUGCAGAUGAAUAUUGCUUGAGAUUUAUAAGACCUUUAGAAUUGUUAUUAAAUUCCUGUUAUUUGCCCAGUUUCUAUACACUGAGAUGAUUUUGAAAACAAAUAGAAAUUAAGCUACUAUAUAAAACAAUUGUUUACAUGUACUUUUAACUUUUAAAAGUACUUAAUUAACAUGUUGUUUGACUUGUAUAAAGUUUUUAAAAAUUUUUGUUCAUUUGCCAAAGUCAACAGAAUGUCUGUUAUUCUUUUAUGUAUACAGUAAGGAAAUUUAAAGUGUAGAAUUUUUCUCCCCAAAAGUCACGUGUUCAUAGUAGAAGUAGUGGUAGUUGUAACGGUAAUCAUUGUCAUUGUCAUUAUCUUCUUAAAUGUGAAGCUGCUCCUAAUUGUAGGUGGUACAUGUUAAUAAAACUAGUAAAAAUAAUGUCUUACACUCUGUAACUUAUUGCAUAUUGUUAAUAUAUGUCUAGCAUCAAAUGAGUAUUGUAAAAGACUAAUAUAAAAUGGUUUAGAAGACUGAUAUAUAUAUAUUAAGUAGAAGCUAAUACUUUGUUUCUUGCAAGAGGACCACAUGCAAAAGUGAUGCUAAACAGCCAGUAAUAAUAAUUUAAAUAUAAUUUAUUAUUUCAAAAAAAUAUGUCUUAAAAGGGAAAAUAAAAUCUUUCUGUUGAAUCACAACAAAAUUAGAUUUUUACAUAGAAAAACAAUUUGAUAAUACUUAAUAGAAAUUUGUUCAAUUAAAAAUGCUUAGGUUAUACAAGAAUACUAUACAAAAAUAGAACAAUUAAUGUAAAUUAAUAUAUUUAUAUAUUGCAUGUGGAAGUUCAUUUAUCUUCCUUUAUAAGACAUAUUUAAUGUAAGUUACAUACACUCCAACUAUUACUUUGCUUUUACAUAUGAAAAUAGCACUGACUUUGUUUUUAUAAGUUAUUAAAUGUGAAAUUAAUCUGCAUCAGCUUAUUUAUAAAAGUAAUGUUAUUUUCAAGAAGAUGUUACUAUUAGUAUUAAUUUUGUAUGUUAGACUUUUUACAUUCUUUAUCUGAUAUUAUUUAUUACAAUAAUUUGAGAAUGUUAUUCAUAAGUACAAGGAUCCCAUAUAGUAUAAUAAUUUAAUUUCACCUGCUUUGAAAGUUGAUUUAAUUGAUUUAUGAAAUGAAAAUGCCUACCCACUCAUAUAACAUACCACAGGUCUAUUUUACCUUACACUGAAUGUUCUCAAUAUGAUUUGGUACCUAAAGUAAUUGAAAAAGAUGCAGUUUCCUUUAAUUCUUGACUAAAAGUUAUACUAUCUUCCAUACAUGGAAAAUCCUGCAAAUAUAGUGUAAAAAUUAAAUUGCCCCAUUAAAAUCCUUUAUAAUUCUGUCAUUCUCCCAAGGAAUAAUACCAUAGUACAUAUGCAAUCUUUAUUUUAUUCCUUAUUGCUUAUCAGAGUGAGUGGAUGAAAACAUUUGUAAGACUGCAACAUAAUAUUAAAAUGUAAAUAAAUAAAUAUACUGAUCAAUUAAAAUAGAAAAGAAAGUGGUAAAUUACAGUGAUUCCUUUCAUAUUAUCACUCUUGAACUGUAUCAUCUAUAAAAUGAGUGAUAAAAAUAUCUCACUGAAUUGUGGCUUAUAUCAAUUUAAAAUUUAUUAAUGAUUUGAAAAUAAUAACUUACUAACUACAUGUAUGCUGUUAUUGUCAGUGUUUCCUUCUACCGGCUGUUCUUUGGAAAAAUUAAGUUAUACUUAAACUUAACAUUAAACUUUUUAUAGAAGGCAUACAUGAUAAACAGUUUAUGGUACUUUUCAGAAUCAUUUCAUAGUAAGAAAUUUAUUUAGCUUAAGUUCCAAUUUACUGUUCUUAUUAUAAAUUGUAAAGCAACCUGUCUUACAUUCUUAUAUUAUCUUAAAAUAAAUAUUCCUGCCCUUGAAUCAAGAAA